AUGUCCUCUAUCGAACCAGUGGUCGUCAUCGACGGCAAGGGGCACCUUCUUGGUCGCCUGGCCAGCACUGUCGCCAAGCAGCUGCUGAACGGCCAGAAGAUCGUCGUUGUGCGAACUGAGGCCCUCAACAUCUCGGGCGAGUUCUUCCGCGCGAAGUUGAAGUACCACGCCUACCUUCGCAAGAUGACCCGUUUCAACCCCACCCGUGGUGGUCCCUUCCACUUCCGCGCUCCUUCCCGCAUUUUCUACAAGGCCGUCCGUGGCAUGAUCCCCCACAAGACUGCCCGCGGUGCCGCCGCCCUUGAGCGCUUGAAGGUCUUCGAGGGUGUCCCCCCUCCCUACGACCGCAAGAAGCGUGUUGUCGUUCCCCAGGCUCUGCGCAUCCUGCGUCUCCGCCCGGGCCGCAAGUACUGCACAGUCGGUCGUCUUUCCAAGGAAGUUGGCUGGAAGUACUCCGAUGUUGUCGAGCGCCUCGAGGAGCGCCGCAAGGUUAAGAGCAGCGCCUACUACGAGCGCAAGAAGGCUGCUCGCCGCAACCUUAUCAAGGCUGAGCAGAACGCUAAGGUUGACAGCAAGACCAAGACCCAGCUUGCUGAGCUCGGCUACUAG